GGAAGAAUGGUUGUUCUUGUGCAAGAAACCUGCAGUGUAGACAUAGCCUGUCUGAUUCUCCCCCCCCCAAUGAUUUCUCAUCAAUUAGAAAAUGCAAACGGAUGAAAUGUGUAUUAAAUGCUAAAAACUCAUUUUUUUGUGCAACUGUGAACAUUUAAAUGAAGAAUAAGUAUAAAAAUUGCUUAAAAUAAUCACCUGGAAAUAUUAUGUAUUUAUAAAAAACAGCAUUCUGCCAGCCUGAAUGUCACUGCUUACCCAGCCCCUGCAGGCUCAUGUGAGGGGGUGGGGGCUGCAGGGAAACUCCCCACCAGUACAGGGGCUGAUGGCAGGGACAGUGCCCUAGUGGGAUAUUUCUCACUAAAGCCUCCAGGGCUGCAGCCUUGCAAACAGCCUGAGUCAGCCCCAGGAAAGGAAACAGACAGUUGUUGCUGGGCGCAGGGCAGGAAAUUGAAACUGACCAUGUGAGUUCCCCAGUCCAAAGGGAGCCAUGGCUACAGGGAGCCCCGUGGAAAGUCUCAGGGAGGAAGCGACAUGUACCCUGUGCCUGGAGUAUUUUAAGGACCCAGUGAUCACAGACUGUGGGCAUAAUUUCUGCCGGGCCUGCAUCAGACGGUACUGGGAUGGAGCCAGCCUGGCCGCUUUCUGCCCGCAGUGCGGAGACUCUGUGCAGCAGGGACUCCUACGGCCCAACAGGCCGCUGGCCAAUGUGGUGGCAAUAGCCCAGCAGCCCAGCCUGCAAGCAGCGCAGGGUGCAGUAGGGGCUGGGAUGUGUGAGGAGCACCAGGAGGCGCUGAAGCUGUUCUGCGAGGAGGAUCAAGCCCCCAUCUGUCUGAUCUGCAGAGAGGCCCGGGCUCACCGCGCUCACAUGGUGCUCCCCAUAGAAGAGGCUGCCUGGGAGUACAAGAAAAAAAUUGAGGCUCAUUUGGUCAUUCUGAGAGAAGAGAGAGAAAAGCUGCUAGGAUGGAAAGCGGCUGGAGAGAGGAGAAGCCAAGAGUAUCUGAAACAGACACAAGCCAAGAGGCAGAGGAUUAUGGCUGAGUUUCAGCAGCUGCGGCAGUUCCUGGAGGUUCAAGAGCGACUGCUGCUGGCCCAACUGGAGAAGCUGGACGAGGAGGUUGGGAGGCGUCAGACUGACACUGUCAGCAAACUCUCUGCACAGAUUUCCUAUCUCUGUGAGCUGAUCAGUGAGCUGGAGGGGAAGUGUCAGAAGCCAGCAAGUGAAUUCCUGCAGGAUGUCAGAAGCUACUUGAGCAGGUGUGAGACGGGGCAGUUCCAGCCACCAGAGGAGAUUUUUCCUGACCUGGACGAGCAAAUCAGUGGUUUCUGCCAGAAAAGUCUUGCGCUGUCGGAGACGCUGAGAGAGUUCAAAGACACACUGCCAUCUGCACUGGAGGUCCAAAGAGGGGAACCUCGAGGAGCGUACAAACCAGAACCAUGAGAGCGGCGUUGUCCUCUGCUAGGAGACAGGUGAUUUUUUCUUCUCUUCCUCUUCUCCAAAGCACACAAGAAGAAGGAGCCACAAUGCAUCCCCUCAAAUGGUUCGAUCUAUCAGACAAAAGCAACACGGGCUCAGUGUUUGUCCAGGACCUAGAGUUCUUCCCAUUUCUCCCAGCACUCACUGUGGAGGCAGAUACAAUCAGGAUUUGGAGUUACGUAUCUUUCACCCCCACAUGACUUGAUUAGGUAAUGAGGCAACCCUCAGCUACUAUUGCUGCUGGGCUUCAAAACUGGCCUUCUAGCUUCCUCAGCCAGGCAGUCAGGGCAGGUCAACAGGCAGCCUGGCUCACUCGUUAGAGGGCAGGUGCAGCUACAGGGCCCUAUUGCUGAUCCUGGCCCCUGGGGUAGUUGCAGCAACACAGCGUGACACAUGCCUUCUCUACUCCUCCACAUCUCUGAGCCGAGGGAAAGAUGUGUCUCUAUCCUCGCUAGGCCAGCCCACCUCCCAGAAGGACUCCACAAACCCAACAUCCUCCUGCAGGGUUGUAUUACAGGAAGGAUGCUGCUCAGCUAGGAGGGAUUUCACUGUGGGUCACAACCGGGAAUACCAAAUUCAGGACAGAUUGCCAAGAAAUAGAUUAGGCAUACCCCAAUACUGGUGGUGGUUCUCCCAUGUGAUAUACUCCAUUAACAAAAAAAGUACAUGUCCAUCUCAUCACCCAGAGAAGUCAGAAAUGCAGCCUCCUUAAUAUUCCAGUUCUUGUUUCAACACCCAGACACAAGACUUAAUGAGGAGUGGUGAGUUAAAACCAGUUUCAUGAACCAAAGGAUUCUGCUCAUUCCAAAGGACCAGCCACGUACCCAAGUCAAUAAAAUAACUCAGAUCUUACCUCAAAAUCACACGGUUGCCAAUUCUAUUUGCUGGCUAAAAGUUUAUUUGUAAGUGAAGAGAAAGAGGUGAGAAUUACAAUUGAGAUAAGCAAUCAAAUACAGACACACAUUGGAACGUUCUUGCAUCAGUUUUAAACCAGUGAUGGACUAAACCGCUGGUUUGUUACGUUUCUGGUUGUUUUCAGAAGAUUGGACAGUUUUCUGUCCUGUGGUUAGAAUGCUUCCAUUAGCGUAUGUCCAUAGUCCGGAGAUCAGAGCAGAGGAGAGGUCAAAUGGAGUUGUUUCACCAGCCUUUUAUAGCUUUCUGGCAUGUGGACAGCAGGGUUCCCUCUAUUUUUUUCCAUCCAUGCGUGGGAAUAUGUGUUGUGCACUGACGUGCUCUUGUGCACCAUCAGUAGAAUAAAAAAACUAGAUUUAAUACAUAUUUUGAAAAGUCACCU